AUGGUCUAUCAGCACGGAAACCACCAUGACAUUCCGAAAGAGCAUCGGAUACAUAGGCGUGGAGGAUGGCUACCCGCCGACCACCGCAUCCUCAAACACUGGCUCGGCCACCACAUCGAACACAUCGACAAAGUCGGCUACCAAGAACUGACUCCCGUUCUCAAGGAAUUCCAGGACCUCAUUGAAAACAACACCCGCAUCUACAUGUACUUCAGCUCCAUGUGGGACGAAGUCCCGCGCAAGCCCCCUUACAACCGGGACGUGACCGGCCGGAGCCAAAUCCGUGACUACAAGCACAUGCUCCAAGUACUCAACCGCGUCUUCGGCCAAGCCCCCGAGUGGACCGACGCCGCGGCGGGCGUGGGCAUGGUCGGCGUCCCUCUGGCCGCCAUCUUUGACUACGCCUCCGGCACGCCCAGCGGGCACGCCGCCUUUCUCGACCCGGACGUGAACGCCAUGCUCAAGAAGAUUCUCAACGAAUGGGGCCGGUAUCUCAAGUCGCCCGAAUCCGCCUCCGUCCUGGGCACGCAUCGCGCGGGCUGGUUCGGCGAAGUCGGCUCCAAGGACUUGAUGGAAGUAGCCAACUCCGCCGCGGGCACCUCCUUCACCUUUGAAGAAAUGUACCAAUGCCCCGACCCCUCUGCCCCGAAUCGUGGUUUUGAAUCUUGGGACGAGUUCUUCACCCGGCCCUUCGUGCCCUCCGCCCGCCCCGUCGCUUCGCCCGAGGAUAACCUCGUGGUAGCCAACGCGUGCGAGUCCAAGCCCUAUGCUUUAUCGCACGACAUUAAGCUCCGCGACAAGUUCUGGGUCAAAGGCCAGCCAUAUUCCGUCCUGGACAUGCUCGCGCACGAUCCACUCUCGGCUCACUUCGCAGGCGGAACCGUUUACCAGGCUUUUCUGUCCAGUCUGUCGUAUCACAGGUGGCACAGUCCCGUGUCAGGAACCAUCAAGCGCGCCUUCGUGCAAGACGGGACGUACUUCUCCGAACCGCUAUUCUCAGCGAGCGCAUCCGACGACCCCUCCAUCGACCGGACGGGCAAAGAAGGCGAGUACAAGAUUCUGCAAAAGGGCAUCACGGCCAGUCAGGGGUAUUUGACUGCGUUGGCCACGCGCGCAAUUAUUUUUAUUGAGGCGGAGGCGAAGGAGAUUGGGCUGAUGGCGUUUAUUGGCGUUGGCAUGGAUGAGGUUAGUUCAUGUGAGAUUACCGUGAAGGAAGGACAGAGGAUAGGAAAGGGGGAGGAGCUGGGUAUGUUUCAUUUUGGGGGGUCGACGCAUUGUUUGGUUUUUGGAAAGGAUGUGGGAAAGAGGCUGAAGGGGUUUCCGAAGGUGGGCAGGGAGGAGAAUUUCCCGGUUAGGGGGCGGUUGUGUGCUUUUGAGAAGUGA